UCUUUGCAAACACGCCUAAAGAUUGUAGGCCUGUCUGGCCAUAGUGCUGGCCUGGGUGUCUCUUUUCAGUUGGCAUGCUGAGUGAAAUCAAUGACAGUUCCUCUAUCUGCUAUUAUUAGGACUUGGACUUGGGUAUCCCACUGGACACAGGGCUAAGGAGCAAAAACCUGGUUAUAUGGGUGGCGCAGGAAACUAUCUGGGAGCAAGCCUGGGUGCAGGGGGCUAUGGACCAGAUUCCCAUGGCCUGCCUACAGGGUUGGGACAGGGAGCAUACCUUGGUGGUGCAGCUGGCAAACAUGCAGCUGCUGCUGCUGGACAGGGUGGGUAUCCCCAUGGAGUUGCCGGCAGGUCAACUGGCUAUGGUGAGGGAGCAACAGGAUACCUGGGUGCUGUGGCAGGCAAUGGCUUCGGUGGAGAUGCUGGUGCAAAAGCUUUGUCUACAGGUUAUGGGAAUGGUUACAGCGAUGGUUACGGGGCUGGGCUUGGUUACCCUGCAGAGUUAGCUGAUGGUGCUGAGAACAAAGCAGGGAAGAGUGAAGCCCUCAGUACAGGAGGCUAUGCCGGACAGGGCCAGGGGGCGUAUGGAGCACUUGGUGCAGGACUGGAAUCAACUGGUGGCAAAUAUGGAGGAGGAGCUGCUCAGGUUCCUUAUGGUAAUGCACCAGUGAUUCCUGCUGGACUGGAUGGUGAUGGUGCCUACCCAUAUGCUGCUCAGCAGCUUGGCCUCGGGGCUGAAGGUGCCAAAACCGCCAACAAAUAUGGAGCCGGAGCAGGAUAUGGAGCUCAGCAAGCAGGUUACGGCGCACAGCUAGGAGCAACUCAAGAUGCCUUGGGAGAGCAACCUGGCAAAUAUGGCGGAGUCAAUGCUGCCCUUGGAAAUGGAUACAAAGGCUAAUUCAAAUGACGUGGACUUCUUCAAGUGGAUCAUUUCCAUAAUGUGUUCAGUAUUUUUAAAGCUUUUUGUGUGUUUCACUCUGUUUUGUCUUGUUGUGUUGUCUGUUUUGUCUUUUGUUUGAUUUUUCUUGACACCAUUGUCUUUCUCUGUAAGUGGACAUUUGUUACACAAUGUCUCUUUGUCUUGUAGGUCCAAAACCUGCACCAGUCUUAUUCUGUCAACACUGAAAACACUGGUGGAGACUAAUUCACAUAAAUAGAUGUUAAGUGCAAAAAAAUUGUCUCUAUGUUAUAUAAAGGAUAUAAAAGGAUUUUACUUUUUGAAUUCAAUAAAGUCUAUGUCAAAUGAU